UAAAGUUUCCUUUUCUUAACAGUCAAGAGGGAUAUAUGAGACCCCAGGCUUGACAAUACUCCGAGCUGCUCAUCUGGACCUCGAGGCUCUGUGCAUUGACCGUGAAGUGAGGAAAAUAAAAGCUUAUCUUAGCACUCGUAUGUCUGAAAUGGUUUACAAUGGGUUGUGGUAUAGCCCUGAGUUUGAGUACACAAAGCACUGCAUCAGCCAAUCCCAGAAACAGGUUACUGGCAGUGUUACUGUGAAGGUUUACAAGGGCAAUGUGUAUGUGUUGGGCAGGAGUGCUCCAGUGUCCCUGUACAAUCAAGAGUUGGUUUCUAUGGAUGUCCAGGGAGACUAUGAGCCAGGGGAUGCCCAUGGCUUUAUCAAAAUCAAUGCAGUUCGUCUCCGAGAACAUGAGAGAGUGAAGCAGAUUGCUAAGAGUAACUAAGAAGAAAGAGGAAUUGGUGUGUUGUAUCUUCAUAUGAUUCACUGUACAGUGUAAGCAAUGGAAGAUUAACACAGUAAAUAGGAAUUUUCAAUUGGAUUGUCAGAUUUUUGUGGUUCACUUCAUGCAAGGUUUGAAUUAUGGUCUGAAAGGAAAAAAAUGGAAAGAGUUGUAGUAUUCAGCAAUGAUAAGCACUGAAACUAUGAUUUGUGCCAAUUAACUAUAUAAAUCAAUACAGUACAAAUUCCAGAUUCUAAUGUAUUUUUUAUAUAUGCAACAGAAUUUAAGAAUCAGAUGCAAAAAUCAUUUUUGUUCUGGUCUGAGGGAAAUAAAAUAGAAUUUGUAGUUUUUUCUUCAUUCCCUUAUUAUUUCAAUACAACAGUUUGAAACUGAGGUAAGGUGGCAUUGUAAAAUAAGGCUUAAAUAAGUGGAUUUAGAGUAUAUUGUGUCUUCUAGAAGUUUAUAAAGGGGCACUGCUCUCUGUUGGAUUUUGUUGUACUACAAAACUUUUUGUUGUCCAAAAAGAGUUCAAUUUUAAACAUUUUUGUUUGUGGAAAACAUUAUUAAACUACUUGAUUAUUCAGAGACUACUAUCUGACUUUUGUAAAUUGUAUGCAUCAGUAAUAGAAUUGUAAAAGAUAAUGAUA